AUGGAUUUAAUCUGCAAGAUUAAUCCUCCUUCAUUAAAGAGUCUUUAUUGGAUUAUUUUAACUAUCGAUUAUUUUACCAAACGGGUAGAAGCCGAGGAAUAUGUUUCAGUAACUCACAACACUGUGAUACAGUUUUUGGAGCGACACAUCUUUUACCGAUUUGGUUUACCAGAAACAAUUGUUGCAGAUAAUGGAUUUGUGUUUCGGGCAGGAGAAGUGUUACAACUCGGCUACAAUAUGCAGGUCAAAAUGUUAACUUCGACACCAUACUAUGCUCAAAGGAAUGGCCAAGCAGAAGCUUCAAAUAAAGUUAUGAUUGAAAUUAUUGAGAAAAUGAUAAAGGACAAGCCAAGAUGUUGGCAUGAAACCCUUUCAGAAGCCUUGUGGGCUUAUAGAAAUUCAAAAAGGACAAGUACAGGAACUACUCCUUAUCGGUUAGUAUUUGGCCAUGAUGUUGUGUUGCCGAUGGAGUUAAAUGUAAAAUCGGCAAGGGUAGCUCUGCAACAUGACCGGUGUAUCACCGCACUACCGUCAAGCUUGAGAGUGUGGAUUUUAAGGUGA